CGUUUCAUAUUCCUCCCCAAAUGACCAGCAGUUCCAGCCUAUGCCGUUUCAUCUCAGCCUUUUGAUUGUGUUGUUCCAGGCCAGGCCGUUUCAUCUCAUCUCAUGUCACGUCAUGGAUGACAUGGCUCCCCUGCUUCACACUCUCUCACGCCUCGCCUCCGCGGAUGAUCCUCGCGAUUCCCUCAUGGGAUACGCGAUCGGGUUACCAUACGUCAGCGACGUUUCGCCAAUGGUGGUUUCCAGCUUUCGCACACCGCCAUACCACAGGCCUAGUAAUCUCAAAGAUGAUCCGAUGAUCCAGAUCUUGACUUAUGAUGACAUCACAUAGCCUACUACCCACUUGGGACAUCCAUCCGACGUCCUUAUCCUCCUUUUCUCCCGUCCUAACCCGCGGUACCCGUGUUACGUAUGCACUUCGCGUGAAGCAGCGACCGUGGCGGAUUUUUGGGCCGGAAAUCGGCAAACCUGCGUGCGAUUUGAUCUGCAAAUCUUGAAGGCGUCCGUCGCGCGAUGUCGCGGGACGUACAGUCUCGCCGGUUCUCCAACCGGUCGCAUCGUGGCUCACGGCUACCCGUCUACACUGACGACGACGACGACGACGCGGCGUUCGAAGCCUGGCUGCUGCAGCAGGAGGGGGAGGCGGGCGGAACAGGCGGAACAGGCGGAACAAGCGGAAGAGGCGGAAGAGGCGGAGUGACGGUCAAAGGGGGGAAAGCAGAGGUGAAACCAGGAAAAUCGGAAGUAAAAGCGGGAAAAGCAGAGGCUAAGACGGGCAAAGAAGAGGUCAAAUCAGGGAUAUCGGAGGUCAAAACACGCGAGAAACGCGCGGGUGGCAAGGCAAAGGGGAAACAACCAGAGAAGGCAAAACCGGGUGCUUCCACGCGUGCAAGAGCAGCAGGGGGGGAAAAGCCGGACAGUGCAGUGACCACUGCUGGGGAGGAUGAGGAGGGGAAGGAUGAGGUGGAUGCUGACGUGUCAGGGGAGGCAGCUGAGGUGGAUGCUGACGUGUUAGGGGAGGCAGCUGAGGUGGCUGCGGAGGAUGAUGACGUGUGUGAGGUGUGCGGGGGCCAUGGAGAGUUGCUGAUGUGUGACGCGUGUCCGGCUGUCUACCAUCUGUACUGCCUGCAGCCGCCGCUCUCCCACGUGCCUGAAGGCUCCUGGUUCUGCCCCAAAUGUGGCUAUGACUGGUCGUCUGUCGAGCGAUUCCUGGGCGUGAGGGAGGUGGAGGGGGGGGGGGAGGGAGGGCGCGGUGAGGGGAGUGAGGGCGGAGUGGAUGGGCGGAAAGGAGAGGAGAGUGGUGAUGGCAAGAGGAGUCGUGAUGGUGGUAGGAGGAGUGGUGAUGGUGGUAGGAGUGGCGAUGGCAGGGAGAGUGGAGAGCAGGGCGAGAGGAGGCGAUGCGAGGAGUAUCUGAUCAAGUGGAGGGACAGGUCCCACAUUCACUGCUCCUGGGUACCAGCUAUGGCAGUGGAGGCAGCAGCAAAAAGCUUCCCGGGGCUUAAAGCCCGGCUGAGGAACUACCUGCGGCAGCGGGCAGAGGCAGCGGCAGAGAGCGCAUUGUUUGGGGAAGGGGAGGAGGAGGGGGGGGAUGGUGGGGCGGUGUCAGCGCUGCGGCCUGAUUGGCUGGCUGUGGAGAGAAUUAUCAACGCCAAGAAAAAUCGCAAGGGGCAGCAGGAGUACUUAGUUAAGUGGCGGGAGUUGGGAUAUGAGGAGGCCACGUGGGAGACAGAGGAGGAUUUGCGGAGCAAAGGGAGGGGGGCGGACAGUGGGAGGAAGGAGGGGAGGGAGGAUGGGAGGACGGCUGGGACGAAGGAUCCCGACCAGGGAAAGAAAGGUUCAGGAGGGGAGGGCAAUGGGAGAAAGGUCGUGAAGAAAGGAGAAGAGGAGGAUAGUGCUGUAGCAGUAGAGGGUUUCGAGGAGGCUCUUAAGGAGUACGGGGAGAUGAUGGCUAGAGGACCUAAGGACGUGGCAUGGGGACUGGUAGGAGGGGGAGGAGCGGGGGGAGGGGUUAGGGAGGCAGAUAGGGGAGUGCAGAGGAAGAAGAAGCAGGUUGAGUUCAAGGAGACUCCUGGCUUUCUCAAAGGAGGUUCGCUGCACCCGUACCAGCUGGAGGGGCUCAACUGGCUGCGGUUCGCGUGGCAGCAGAAGCAGCACGUGAUUCUGGCGGACGAGAUGGGCCUGGGCAAGACCGUGCAGGCCAUCUCCUUCCUGGCGUCGCUGCAAGAGGAGAGGGCCACAGCGCUGCCGCACAUGGUGGUGGUGCCGCUGUCCACACUGCGCAACUGGCAGAGGGAGUUCGCAACAUGGGCGCCCCAGCUGCGCGUGGUGAUGUAUGUCGGCACGGGCGCAGCAAGGGCUCUCAUUCGGGAGCACGAGUUCUUCUUCCCCUCCUCCUACACGCCUCCUCCACCUCCCACCGCUGCUUCGAGGAACGGGGCCAAAUCGGGCAAGCAUGGCAAAGAGCAAGGGAGGAAGAGCACGCAGGACAAAGGGAGGAAAGGGGGAAGGUCGGGAAGGCAUGGUCGGCGCGUGGGGAGUGCACAGCCACAGCUCAAACGCAAGAAGCGGAGCAGGGGGAAGAAGUUUGAGGAAUUGUCCUCCUCAUCCGAUGGUGAUGGCGACAAUGGGGAUGAUGGGAACGAUGGGGAUGAUGGGAACGAUGGGGAUGUGGAUGGUACGACGAGCGAUGACGAGGUGGAAGAGGUCGAGGAGGUGGACGGGGAGGAAGAUGGGUCUGGUAGAGAAGUGGCGGCCGGGGAAGGGGAGGAGGAGAGCGAGGACGAGGAGAAGGGCGAAAGGGAAGGAGAGGGGGAAGAGGAGGAAGAAGAGGAGGAGGUAGAAAAGAUGGAGGAAGGGUGGUCUGCCAAGAAGGUGAGAGGCAGGCAGACGGCAAGGAGGGUUUCAGGCAGUGGUGUGGGAAAGAGAGGUAGGGAGGCACAAGAGAGGGGUGUUAGAGGAAGCCAGGAGAGGCGGACGAAGCAGGCAGAGCCAACUAGAGAUGGAGGGAAGAAAAGAAGAAGGUCAGGGAAACAGCAGCAGCAGCAGCAGCAGCAGCAGAAGAAGAAGGGGCGAAUAAGGCAACGGAGAGAGUUAGAGUCUUCAUCAGAGGCAUCAUUGGAUGAGGAUGAUGAAGAGUAUGUGGUGCUGGAGGAGGAGGAUGAGGAAGAGGAGGACAAGGAGGAGAGUGAGUUGGAGGAGAAGGAGGAGAGUGAGGAGGAGGAGAAGGAGGAGGGGGAGGAGAGUGGGGAUGAAGAGGACGAAGAGGAGGAGGAGCCGCUAAGCAAGCGAGCGAAAGCCAACCGCAGUGGGAGGGGCAAGUCCCACAGCAGGGCAGGUGCAGGGCGCAGCAGCAGCAGGGGAAGUGAGCGCUCUUCCCCUGGCAGUGGGCGCGUGCAGCUGUCGCGGCAGCAGCGCGUGCGGUUCGACGUGCUGCUGACGUCGUACGAGGCGGUGAACAGCGACUCGCAGCACCUGAGGGCGCUGCACUGGGGCUGCCUGAUCGUCGAUGAGGGGCACCGGCUCAAAAACAAAGAGUCGAAGCUCUUUGGUACCCUGCAGAGCUACAACACGCUGCACCGGCUCUUGCUCACAGGCACGCCCUUACAGAGCUACAACACGCUGCACCGGCUCUUGCUCACAGGCACGCCCUUACAGAACAACUUGGACGAGCUGUUCAUUCUCAUGCACUUUCUCGAUGCCGCUAAGUUUGCGAGUCUGGAGGGGUUUCAGGGCGAGUUUCAGCAAUUAGGGCAGGAGGAGCAGGUGGCCAAGCUGCACCACCUGCUGGCGCCGCACCUCCUCAGAAGGCUAAAGAAGGACGUGUUGAAGCAGAUGCCGCCCAAGAAGGAGCAGAUUUUGCGGGUGGACUUGGCGCCGCUGCAACGAUCGCUGUACCGCGCCGUGCUCACGCGCAACUACCAGGCUCUCACUAAAGCCUCAGGGCAGCAGGUGUCGCUCACCAACGCCAUGAUGCAACUAAGGAAGGUGUGCUGCCACCCGUUCCUGGUGGAGGGGGUGGAGGAGCAGCAUGGGGGGGGCGCAACACCGGCAGAAGCCAGUCGUCGCAUGGUAGCAGCGUCGGACAAGCUGGCCCUAUUGGAGCGCAUGCUGCUGCGGCUCAAGGUGGGGGGCCACCGCGUGCUGGUCUACUCGCAGUUCAAGCGCAUGCUAGACCUGCUGCAGGAGUGGCUCAUGGGCAAGGGCUGGGGCUGCGAGCGCAUAGACGGCAGCAUCAGUGGGUCGGACCGGCAGCAGCGCAUUGACCGAUUCAACGCGCCCGGGUCGACUCGCUUUGUGUUUCUCCUCUCCACACGCGCUGGCGGCCUGGGUAUCAACCUGGCCACCGCUGACACCGUGAUUAUAUACGACAGUGACUGGAACCCGCAUGCGGACCUGCAGGCCAUGGCUCGAGCGCACAGGCUGGGGCAGACCCAAACGGUGAUGAUCUACCGGCUGGUGACCAGAAAUACAGUGGAGGAGCGCAUGCUGCAGACAAGCAAGAAGAAGAUGGUGCUGGAGCACGUGGUGGUGGGCAAGCUCAAGCAGCCCAACCUCAACCAGGAAGAGCUGGAUGACAUUCUGAGAUUCGGGGCGAAGGAGUUAUUCGAGGAAGAGAACGAGGAGGAGGAGGAAGAGGAGGAGGGGAAGAAGGAGGGGAAGGAGGAGGAGGCAGAAGGUGUGAAGGAAGGGGAAGAGGGGGCGUUGAAGAAAGCGAUGGGCGGGGAGGAGGAGGCAGGAAGCAAGGCUGGAGAAGGCAUAAAAGAUGCUCACAAGGAUGCUGACAAGGAUGCUGACAAGGAUGCUGACAAGGCUGCUGACAAGGAUCCUGACAAGGAUGCUGACAAGGCCACUGACAAGGAUGAGAAGGCAAAGGGGAAGAAGAAGGAGAGCCGCCGGAUCUUCUACGAUGAUGCUGCCAUCGACAGGCUGUUGGACCGCAGUGCAGUGCGCGAGGAGGAGGCAGAGGACGAGCCGGAUAACGACUACCUCAAGGCGUUCAAGGUUGCGAAUUUCAGCUUUGUGUCGGAAGCCGAGCAGGCAGAGGCAGACGCAGAGCGGGAGAGAGAACUGGAGAGGGAACGAGCACGAGAGAGGGAAAUGGAGGGGGGGAAAGACGGCAAGCGCAUGGAUGCGGCAGGGAGAGCAGCUUACUGGGAGUCACUGCUGAAAGAUCGAUUCGAGGCGGAGCAGAUAGAGACGUUUAUAGAGAUGGGGAAGGGGCGGAGGGCAAGGAGACACGGGGCGUGGCCGUAUUUGAAGGUUCUAGGGUUCACGUCCAAGCAGCGCAUGUCCUUCCAGCAGCUCAUCAUGCGGUUCGGGCUGGGCGAUUUCAGCUGGAAGGAGUUUGUGCCGCGACUUAGGCCGCGCACGCUGCAGGAGAUUAAAGACUAUGGUGCUCUCUACCUGAAGCACAUACAGGAGGAACCGACAGACCGCGACACUUUCUCAGACGGAGUUCCCAAGGAGGGCGUGUCCCCUCAAGAGGUGCUCAUUCGCCUGGCCCUGCUGCACCUGAUUCGAGCCAAGGUGACUUCUGUUGAGAGGGAGAGGGAGAGGAGGAGGACGGAGAAGAGGGCAAAGGAGAAGAGGGAGAGGGAGAAGAGGGAGAAGGAAAAGGGGGAGAAGGAAAAGGGGGAGAGGGAAAAAGGGGAGAAGGAAAAGGGGGAGAGGGAAAAGGGGGAGAGGGAAAAGGGGGAGAGGGAAAAGAGAGAAGAGGAAAAGAGAGAAGAGGAAAAGAGAGAAGAGGAAAAGAGAGAAGAGGAAAAGAGAGAAGAGGAAAAGAGAGAAGAGGAAAAUGCGGAAAUGGAGAAGUUGGGACAAGAGGGGGGAAUUGCGGAGGCAGAAGCAUCAUCUGGUGGAAAAGCCGAGGAAGGGGGUGCAAAAGCCGUGGUGAACAGCAGUGGGAGUGGAGAGGUGGGGCACUUGACGCUGCAGGUGGGGGAAGAGGAGCCAGGGAAAGAGCACGGGGAGGGUGCUUCCGGGAAGCGGGCUGUCGCUAAAGAGGAGCCGGAGGGAGAAGUGAAGAUGGAAGAAGAGAAAGACGAAACUUCGACGGAAGUUGGCAAGGGAAAGGGGGUAGUGGCUAAGGAAGAGCCGGGGGGGGUAAGGAUGAUGGAGGAAGAGAAAGACGAAACGCGGAUGGAAGAUAGCAAGGGAGAGGGAGAGAAGGGAAAGGGGAGUGCGGCUAAGGAAGAGAAGGAUGAAACGCGGAGGAGAGAAAGCGCAGGAGAGGGAGAGAGGGGAAAGUGGGGCGUGGCUAAGGAAGAGCCAGAGGGAGCGGUGAAGAAGACGGAGGAAGAAAGGAAAGUUGAAACGCGGACGGAAGAAAUCCAGGGAGCGAAGGAGACGGGGAAGGAGCAGGAGGCGAGGAAGGAGGAGGAGGAGGUGGGGGAUUUGGGGUGGGACGAGCUGCUGCCAGGGCUUCCGGACUACAUGAAGGCUCACAGCCAGCUGGCCUCGCUCUUCCGCACACGGCACUGGCGGGCAGCGCACGACCUGAAGCUGCUCAAGGGCAUCACCAAGCAUGGCUACGGGCGGUGGAGUGACAUCAUCAAUGACGAACAGCUGCGCCUUGCUGACGUGGCACGCACUGAGCUGUCGCUGUCGGCCGCCCCGCCCCGCAAUAUGAUUGGCUUUGCCCUUGAAGACAUCCCGCCCUCCUCACCUCUCCCAACUGCCACCUCAUCAGCUCAACCCACCAUCCCACCAGGAGCUGCCCCCUCCGCAGCUGCGCCCGCCAUCUCAACUGCGCCCGCCAACUCAGCUGUGCCCGUGGCCACAUCAGCUCAACCCACCAUCCCACCAGGAGCUGCACUCGCUACCUCAGCUGUUAACGAGGAGGGGAGUGGAGAGGUGAAGAGAACUCCGAGUGAGGACGAUGGGAUUGUAGUUGGCGGUGCUGUCGGUUCGAGCGGUGCUGGUGCUGCUGGUGCCAAUGUUGAUGGGAUGGUUACAAUACAAGCAGCGACAGCAGGUGGCUUAGCAGUUAAGGUGGAGCCAACGGGAGAAGAAGGGGCUGCACAGGAAGCGAAAACGGAGGGAGGAGAAGAGAAAGCGGGAACUGUAUCAAAGGACGGGGCUGCUGAGGUCGCAACGGAGGAAGCAAAGGAGGGAGCAAAGGAGGAAGCAACGGACGAGUUGAAGGAGGGAGCAAAGGAGGGAGGGACGGAGAAAGUGAAGGAAGAAAAGGAGGGAGCAACGGAGGAAGGAGCAAAGGAGGGAGCAAAGGAGGAAGUGAAGGAGGGAUCAAAGGAGGAGGGAGUGAAGGAUGAAGCAAAAGAGGGAGCGAAGGAGGAGGGAGCGAAGGAAUCAAAACUAGACGGAGUGUUGGGAGCAGCUCGGGACAGUGGGCGCAGUGCCGCUGCAGAAACGGUGGCUCUUACUGCAGCACCUGCAGCAUCUGCAGUGCCAGGACAAGUUCCUGCAGCUGCCACACCCGCUGUCGCUGCAGCAGCACCUGCAGCAGCACCUGCAGCAGCAGCAGGAAUGCCGGUGCCACAGCACUUGCAGGCGCAGGUGCCAGCGGGCAAGCGGCUGCGCCCGUGGACUCGCGAGGAGCACCUGGCAUGGAGCGCGGCGCAGAAGCGCCUGGUGGAGUUCGGCAAGCGGCGCAUCGAGCUGCUGUGCCGCGCACUCAACCUCGAAUACCACCAGAAGACUGCUGCUGCUAGUAGCGGCUACAGCGGUGGUGCUGCUGCUCCUGCUACUGCUGGUGCUAGUGCUUCUGGUCGCACUGUUGCCACCGGUGCUUCUGCUGCUGCUGCUGCUGCUGCUGCUUCUGGCAGGGGUACCCAUGCAACCGUUUCUGACAAAGGCGCUGCUGCUGCUGCUGUUGCUUCUGCUGGUGCAACUCCCCCACCUGUCGCACAUGCACCACACGCACCACCCGCGCCACACGUGGCACACACAGAACGUGCAGCGGGCCAGUUGGCCCGAGAGAAACUAGCGUCACAUGCAGCAGUACAGCCCACUCAAGCAUCUCACACAGCUCAUGCUGCAGUAUGGCUGAGUCAAGCGCCUCACAUGGCGAAUGCAGCAGGGCAUGGGAGCAGCAGCGGUGGCAGCAACCCAACGCUGCAGCAGCCACAGCAAGGGAGGGAAGGCGGCGGGGAAAAGCUGACUCGGCAGCAGCAGAUUGAGCAGCUUUAUCAGAAGCUGUUUCACGAUCCAGUUCGGCCGCCGCAGCAGCAGCAGCAGGAGGAGGAGCAGCUGAGGCGGCGGCAGGAGCAACUGCAGCUGCAGCAGCAGUUGCGGCAGCAAGAGCGGCUGCAACGGCUUGAGCAGCAGCAAAAGCUAGAGCAGCAGUUACGUGCCUUGUACCAACAGCAGCAGCAGGAGCAGCUGAGGCAGCAGCAACAGCAGCAACAGCAGCAGCAGCAGCAACAGCAGCAGCAGGAGCAGCAGCAGCAGCAGCAACAACAGCUAGAGCAACGGGUGCGUGCCGUGUACCAGCAACGGCAGCAGCAGCAGCAGCAGUUAGAGCAACAGUUACGUUCCUUGUACCAGCAGCAACAGCAGGAGCAGCAGCAGCGGCAGUUGCAGCAACAGCAGCGAUUGCAGCAACAGAUACAGCAGCAGCAACAGCUAGAGCAACAGUUAAAGCAACAAUUACGUGCAUCCUACCAGCAGCAGCACCAUCAGCAGAACCUUCAGCAGGUGGUUUCAGCUCUGACCGCCGGAACCACUGCCCUUUCCUCUCUUGCCUCUUCCCUGCCCGCCUCCUCUCCUUCCCUCGCCCCCUCCCUGCCCGCCUCUUUUGCCUCUCUGCGUGAGUCUGCAAGGCUCUCUCAGCUGAACCGCACUGCUGCGGUAGGCUCUACUGGUGCGGGCAGUACUGGGACAGGUGCCAUGCGGACAGGUGGCAUGGGGACAGGUGGCAUGGGGACAGGCGGCAUGGGGACAGGUGGCAUGGGGACAGGUGGCAUGGGGACACGGGGCAUGGGGACAGGUGGCAUGGGGACUGGUGGCAUGGGGACAGGCGGCACGGGAACAGGCGGAAUGGGGACAGGCGGCAUGGGGACAGGCGGCAUGGGGACAGGCGGCAUGGGGACAGGCGGCAUGGGGACAGGCGGCAUGGGGACAGGCGGCAUGGGGACAGGCGGCAUGGGGACAGGCGGCAUGGGGACAGGUGCUGCUGAGUUGGGAACCAGUGGGACGGGAACCAGUGAGAUGGGUAGCUUGGAAGCGAUACAGACGGCAAUGCAAGUAGCAGCCGAGUUGAAGAGACGGCAGCAGCAGCAACAGCAACAGCAGCAGCAGCAGCAGCAGCAGCAGAUGGGGGUGGGGGUGUGGCAGCAGCUGCAGGAGCAGCGGUUGCUCCAGAAGGAACAGCCGGACAUCGCAAGGAAGAUGCAGCAGGCCCUGCAGCAGCAGCAACAGUUUCAGCAGCAGCAACAGACCCAGCAGCAGCAGCAGCAGCAGGCUCAAAAUCAGCAGCACGUGGAUUCUAUAAGCUCUGUCCCUUGGACUGAGCCAUAUGUGAUCGGCACACCCGCCACUCAUGCUGCUGCUGCUCCACCUGCUGCCAUGGCUGCUGCUCUCAGCACCCGCCUGCAAGCUGACUCUGCCUUGAAGGCACCUCAAUCUCAUCCUGUCUCAGCGUCCAACGCACCUCAAGCCCAACCUGACCACGGGUCCAAGACGCCUCACAACAGCAGCGCCCAAGCUGACUCGGCGUUGAACGCUCCUGAAGGCCAACCCGACUCUGCCAGUGAGGCGCCUCAAGAGCAAGCGGAGUGUGACCCGUAUGUGGCGCUCAUACGCCGCCUCAAUGCCGAGGCUGAUGCCGCUGCAGCAUCAGGGGAGAAUGCUUCUGCUGAUCUUGAGGACGAACCAGCUGUAGCAGCUGUAGCAGCAGCCGAGGGUGCAUUUGCUGAUCUUGAGGUGGAGGCUGUAGCAGCAGGGGAGAGUGAGAGUGUACCUGUUAAUCUUGCGGGCGAACCAGCUGAAGCAGCAGGAGGGGGUGAGGGUGCACGUGCUAAUCUGGCGGGUGAGGCUGUAGCAACAAAGGGGAGUGAGGAUGCAUCAGCCACACUCUCGCAUGCCCCGGCUGUAGCAGCAGCAUCGGGGGGUGAGAGAGCAUCUGCCAGUGUCUCGCAUGUCCCGGUUGUAGCAGCACCAGCAGGCGGGAGUGAGAGAGCAUCUGUCAACCACUCCCAUUGCCCGGCUGUAGCAGCAGCAGCAGGGGGGAGUGAUAGGGCUGAGAUUAUCGCUGCGAUGGCGGCUGCGUCUGCUAAGCUCAGAAGGGGUCUUUCUGGAGCAGGAAAGUGUGAGGCGCCAGCAGCAGUUGGAGCGUCUGGUGCAGCGAGGAAGUCUGGAGCAGCAAAAGAUCCUGGUGCAGCUCAAAUGCCUGGUGUGGCAGUAGAGCCUGGUGCUGAUCCUGGCAGAGCAGAGCAGGCUGAAGCCGCUGAGGCUCACCAGGAGGUGGUGGAGGAAGUGCUACCAGAGAGCGAGGAGUUGGAGGUGGAAGUGGCUGCUGAACGCCCUGUGAAACGCUUGAAGUCAACUGAAGAGUCAGCUGUAAAGGCAACUCAAGUGUCGUCUCGAGUGACCCGGGGGAGCAGAGACACGGUUGUUGAAGUGGGGGCUGCUGCGCCUGGGGUGGAGUCACUUCCUGCCGAGCCGGUGCAGUCACCUCGUGUGAAUCCCUCACAGCCAACUCGGAAGAGACCUCGAGAAGACCAGGGGAUUGAGGACGUGGGUGUAGAGUCCCAGCUCCAGCGGCACCAGCGGCCGCAGCAGCAGAAGCAGACGCGGUCUCAGCAGAAGAAGCAGGUGCCAGAGCAGCAGCCACAGGAGCAGCAGCAGGAGCAGCCAGUGCAGCCAUUGCAAAGGCAGCAGGAUGUACUCGACAAAGGUGGAUCUGGUGAAGGCGAUCAAGUGGUGGCUCUGGACAAUGAGGACGAGGUCAUUGAUCUGUGCGAUGAUGAUGAUGAGGAUGAUGAGUGUAGGGCUGAGAAAAGCCCUUAGGAUCUUUCCAGAGACUUAAGUCCCACUUGUACAAGAGGCUUGAGUAGUGCAGCGGAAGUGUUGAGUAGUUGAACCCUUGCACUAGUAUGUGAGAGCAAGUGAUUGAUUAGAAGGAACAAGCAUACAGCAAUAUAUAGAAAAAUAAGAAAUGAAGCAGUUGUAGAAUACAAGACUAAGUCCCACUUGUACAAGAGGCUUGAGUAGUGCAGCGGAAGUGUUGAGUAGUUGAACCCUUGCACUAGUAUGUGAGAGCAAGUGAUUGAUUAGAAGGAACAAGCAUACAGCAAUAU